CCCUCCCUCUCCGCUUCCUCCUUCUAUCUAAGUGGCGUAACCGGGUCUUGUUCGGCAGUAAGCAGGGUGUGAACGGAAGCCUGCGAGGGACAAGGGGAGCCAUGAAGGAAGCGGCUUACUAAGGGAAGGGUCGGGUUCGCAGGAGCCAUGGACAAAGCCCUCAGUGGACAGCCUUGAAGCGGAUGUGGAGCAUCAUCCAAACCUCCAAAUCUUGAAGGCAUGCAGGAAGGGCUAACUGGAUACAACCCCUGAAGUUUCAUCUUACUCAGUAUAAGAGUUUGCAUACAGAAAGAAGAAAAAAAAAUGUGAAACUGUCUGCUGAAGUCGAACCAUUCAUUCCUCAGAAGAAGGGUCUGGAUUCACAUAUGAUGCCUAUGGCGCUUCCUAAUGAGAAUGGAGGUGUUAAUGGUGUGGAAGCAACUCCUAUUCCCAGCUACCUGAUUACUUGCUACCCAUUUGUUCAGGAAAACCAGUCCAAUAGACAACUUCCACUAUAUAAUAAUGACAUCAGAUGGCAACAGCCAAAUCCAAACCCUGCUGGCCCGUACCUUGCUUAUCCCAUUAUUUCUGCUCAGCCACCUGUUUCUACUGAGUAUGCAUAUUACCAGUUGAUGCCAGCACCAUGUGCUCAAGUCAUGGGUUUCUAUCAUCCUUUCCCAGCACCGUACUCUGCACCCUUUCAGACAGCAAGUGCCAUAAAUACAGUUGCAACAGAAUGCACAGAUCGCCCAACCCAGCCAAAUCAAGUAUUUCCAGUGUGUAGCCAGCGUAGUAGAAGUGCCAACAGGGGACCAACUGUGCAAAAACAUCAACAACCUUUGCAGACCCACAUAAAAAACAAAAGGCCUCCAGUAAAAAGUGUUGCUACUCAGAAAGAGACCAGUGCAUCCGGCCCUGAGACCAGACCUAAAAUUGUAUUGUUGGUAGAUGCUUGUCAACAAACAGACUUCCCUUCAGAGAUAGCAAGCAAGUCACUGUCUGAGAGUGUGAGCCCCAUGCACUGGAAACCAAAAAGCAGGCAGCGACGAUCCUCUCAUCCUGCAGAAUCUUCUAGUGAGCAAGGGGCCAGUGAAGCAGACAUUGACAGUGACAGUGGCUAUUGCAGUCCCAAGCACAGUAACCAAGCUGCAGUUGUGACUUCAAGGAGUUCUGAAUCUGCUGCAGGAAAUAUCACGGAACCAUCAGUAUAUCCAGGUGGUGACAGUUGGGCAAAUGUCAGCUCCCAGGCAACUCAGAAAAAGCCUUGGAUGGAGAAAACACCAGCCUUUUCAAGAGGUGGGAGACAACCCGAGCAGCAUAAUAGUUCACAGCCUGCCUUUAGAUGUAGGGGCCACAGCACAUCUUCAGAAAGAAGACAAAAUAUGCAAAAGAACCCCGAGAAACCUGUAAGCUCAAACCAGUCAAGUCGAAAGGAGCAGAGUCCUGGGUCAUUAUAUUUUGAGGAUGAAGAAGAAUUUCCUGAGUUAAAUAGUGACAGUGGCAAUUCCAAAGGUGGCAACAUGCAGCUGAAGAACGUACCUAAAGUGUUGGAUGAUUUACCUGAAAAUUCUCCAAUCAAUAUUGUACAGACUCCAAUUCCAAUCACUACCUCUGUUCCCAAAAGGGCAAAAAGUCAAAAGAAGAAAGCUCUGGCAGCAGCGCUGGCUACAGCUCAAGAAUAUUCAGAAAUCAGCAUGGAGCAGAGGAAACUCCAGGAAGCUGUUUCUAAAGCAGCUGGAAAGAAAAGUAAAACACCUGUGCAGUUAGACCUGGGGGACAUGCUGGCUGCUCUUGAAAAACAGCAGCAGGCUAUGAAAGCUCGCCAGAUCACAAAUACCAGGCCCCUCUCCUACACAGUUGGCAGUGCUUCUCCUUUUCACACCAAAGAAUCCACCAACAGAAAAUCGUUAACGAAGGGGCAGCCAUCUGUGGGUUGCCUCAGUCCUCUAGAUUUCACUGCCCCAAAAGUGAAACGAGGAAAAGAAAGAGAGCUUUCAAAGCUGAAGCGCCCUACAGCACUUAAAAAGAUUAUCUUAAAAGAGAGAGAAGAAAAGAAAGGACGCUUAUCUGUGGAUCAUAGCCUUUUGGGAGGUGAUGAAGAACAAGAGGUUAAUCUGAACCUGACUCCCAACCAGUCGGAAGAACUUGCAUUGCAAGAAGAACCUGGCUUGAGUGUACCAAGUGACACCUCGCUCUCCCCAGCAAGCCAGAAUUCACCAUACUGCAUGACUCCAGUAUCUCAAGGCUCACCAGCUAGUUCAGGGAUAGGUAGUCCUAUGGCAUCUUCAACUAUAACAAAAAUUCACAGCAAGAGAUUCAGAGAGUACUGUAAUCAAGUUCUAAGUAAAGAAAUAGAUGAGUGUGUGACUCUCCUGUUACAAGAGCUUGUAAGUUUCCAGGAACAAAUUUACCAAAAGGAUCCCAUGAGAGCUAAAGCCAAGAGAAGGCUUGUGAUGGGUCUCCGUGAAGUUACAAAGCAUAUGAAGUUAAACAAGAUCAAGUGUGUCAUCAUUUCUCCCAACUGUGAGAAAAUCCAGUCAAAAGGCUUAUACCAAGGUGGGCUAGAUGAAGCUCUGUACAACGUAAUAGCCAUGGCACGAGAACAAGAAAUCCCUUUUAUUUUUGCCCUUGGACGUAAAGCUCUUGGCCGUUGUGUGAACAAACUAGUUCCUGUUAGUGUGGUGGGAAUCUUCAAUUAUUCAGGUGCUGAGAACCUCUUUAAUAAAUUGGUGUCACUAACUGAGGAGGCAAGGAAAGCCUACCGUGACAUGGUUGCAUCCAUGGAACAAGAGCAGGAAGAAGCCUUGAAGAACAUUAAGAAAGUACCACAUCACAUGGGCCAUUCUCGGAACCCUUCAGCUGCAAGUGCAAUUUCAUUUUGCAGUGUUAUUUCAGAGCCCAUUUCAGAAGUGAACGAAAAAGAAUAUGAAACAAAUUGGAGAAGCAUGGUGGAAACCUCAGAUGGGCUGGAAGCUUCUGAAAAUGAACGAGAAGCCUCUUACAAGAGUGCUGUUCCAGAAAAGCCUGACAACAAUAAAGUUGUUGUUAAUAAGGAACUAUCACUGGCUGCUGUUGGAAUUGUAACAGUUUCUGCUCCAGGGAAAGGACUAAGUGGGAAAGACGAAAUGAAGCCAGAUGAUAAUCUGGAAUGGGCCUCGCAGCAAAGUACAGAUACAGGAUCACUGGAUGGCAGUUGCAGGGAUAUUUUGAACUCCUCCAUGACUAGUACGACCAGUACCUUAGUUCCAGGAAUGCUUGAGGAAGAAGAAGAUGAAGAUGAUGAGGAUGAGGAUGACUACACCCAUGAACCUAUAUCUGAAGAAGUUCAGCUGAACAGCAGAAUUGAAUCGUGGGUCUCAGAGACACAACGGACUAUGGAAACGCUUCAGCUUGGGAAGAGCCUUAGCAGUGCAGAGGAUGAUAAUGUUGAGCAGAGCGAGGAGGAGGAACUUGAAACUCCUGAACAAGUUGAGUCAGUCAUUGCAUGCGAGGAAUGGACAGUGGAGAGGCAUUCAAACAGUGCCCAGCAGAAGCCUGCUGUGUGCAGUUCCCUGGAUACAACACAUACAGACUCAAAUUAUAUACCAUGAACUCAAGCACAAACUCAGGGAACUUUAAUAUUUUAAAACUAACUGUUGUAAGGAUUGCAGCCAUUGCUUUGUGUGCUUCAUCUCAGCAUUUUGCACUGUGUAGCAUUUAAUAUGCAUAUUUAAUUCACAACAUAAUUUUUUGUAGCAGUCUUUAUUACUUUUUCCAUUAAGAAUUAGAGUGUGCAUGUGUGCUUAAUGAAUAUUUAUAUCUUUCCCAAACAUGAUAAGCUGUCAAUAGGCAUCUUUUUGUAUAAGAAAACUCUUUGCAAAUGACCAUUUUUAUGGAAAAUUGUUCUCAAACAAUAAUUUCAACCUUCUUCCACUUUUUCGUCUAGCAAGAGUGACCAAGACUUGGUUUCAUUAUCUUAUCUUGAAGGGCGAUAAUGUACCAGAAACUGAACUAGAAUGAAUCGUUUAGGGGGUCUUAACAAUAUUGGAAUCCUUAGUAAUAAAAUGAUUAGAAAGAUACACAUUAACCAGUAAUUUAACUUCCAGUAAAACUCCUUACUGGUCUCUGGGGAUGUGUAUUUCAGAAAGACACUCUUGAGAUGCUGGCUGUGAUCAGCUCAAAUAAUUUGGCAAGGCACUUUGGGAAAGAGAAAUCUAUUUCCUUUCCAAGUGAUUAAUAUUGUUACACUGCCUGCAUUGUCACUGUACCUUUGGGACUGGAGCAAGGGACCCAUUAGCACCGCAACUUGUCAUUGUUUUGGUUUUCUUAACUUGCUGUUUCCCAGUUCUUUGACUGUUUCUUAGUUCUUUCACUUUAUCUCAGGAAUGUUAAUAUGAAUUAAUAAAUGCUGUGUAAAUACAAAGCUUUACCAAGCUAAAGAUAACUGAUAGUUCAGCAGAUAGUGAGAUGGACACAGGAGUUCAUUUUGUUGGGGAAUGAAGGUGGGAGUUAUGUAUUAGCAUGUGGUACUCUUGAUCACCUCUUUUUAAUUAGGAUUUUUCAUAACAAUUGGUCCUCUUUGAGAAUAGGAACUCCUGUAUCAAUUUAUCCCAUUAGGAGUAUCUCAGUAGAGUUCAUUUAGGAGGGGAAAUUCAGUCUUUCAUUUUAAUAUCAUAAAUGAAAGACUUUUGUAACUUUUGCAUGUUUGGAGACUGAGUUUUCCCACUUUGCCCAUUACUGAACAUCAGUCAAACUGCAUGAAAAAUACCCCUUCAGUGAUCAGUGUAGGAGAGUUUAGUAUUCAUUGGCAGUGCAGAAGGACAAACUUUAUGAAAACACAAAGUUCCCAUUGAUACAAGUUAUGGAUUGUUCACUUAAUUAUUUGGGACCAAUAGCUUUAGCAUCUUCAGAAUAAGCUUUUUGUAUUGUACAGGAAAAAAUACGGUUCAGUGUCUUAAGAUCUAACACUGCUUUCCAGUGCUAAGGAAUGUAGCAAGAAAAGCCAGUUUGAGUAUGUAGCUCUUUGGAAUAUGUGGAAUAUUGGAGGUGCUGACUUCUGAUAAGACUGCUUGUCCUGUCAUUAAGUGCUGCUGCUUCCCACUUUCUUCCCAUAUCAGUUCUCCUGUCUAAAUACUGCUACAGUUUUCCACAGGGCAAACAGAACAUCAGUGAAGGCAGCCUUGCUUUAUAAAAUGUUCAUUAUGGGAAAUGGCAGCUGAGCGCUAGUAGGAUAUGUCCUUCAACUUGCCUUUGAAGUACGUUAUAUGACAUUCUGAACUAAGAGGUUUUUCUGGUGCAAUACAAUGAGGUGCCUGGUUCUGUCAUCUUCUGUAAUACGCAUUCUCGUUUCUUUUGGUAAGUUAUCUUUGAAUGCUAUGAUAGUUCUUGGGGUUUUAGUAGCGCAUAUACUUUUAUAGCAGGUUCUUAUACAAUGAAAAAAACAACUUUCUGUUAUCAUACAUUGCUGGAAAUUUCAGACAACUUCAGGAAAUAUUGGCUGUUUUGAAAACCCAUAUAAUGAAUUUUAUUCUCUAAUGGCAGAAAAUGCAGGUUGCUGUACAGUGAGAUUGUGACACCCUUAAAAUGAUUUGACUGAGGUGACUGUAGAAAGUUUUUAUAAGAAGCUCAAGUAUUUGACUAACGAUAGCUAGUCACGGCAAAUGGAACAUGAAGUAGGCUAAUGCACUUAAGCCUUUGGUAGGGCAACUUAAGGUUUGUAGGUUGCUAAUAUAAUACUUAAUUCUAAGUGUGUGUCUAUAGACACCAAUAAACCCCGUCAAAACCAUCCCCUCCUUCUCAGCCCUGGUUUAAUUUUUAAAUAGCAUUGCUUUACAGAGUUAAUUGGUGAUUUGUUUAGCAUUUGACCCUGUGAUUUUAAAGCGGAAAACAAGAUAUUUUUGAUUAAUGCACUUGCGUGAAUUGUGAAUACAACACUGGGAGAUACCUUUGAAGGUUUUUUCGGGUGGGUGGAUGUACACAGCGUACUUUGAGUCCGUUUCUUCAACUGGAAACUCUUAAAUUUUAAUAGCACAUAGACAAAAGAAAUCCUGUUAUGUAAAGCUGUUGUUUAUUACAGUUGUCAUAGUAUUUGUGUGUGUAUGAAGUUGUGCCAACUAAUCAAGAUUUUCUGUUAGUUUAUCCGAUUUUAAUCUAAUUCAAUAUGAAACCUUUUUUAAAAAACAACAAGUAGCAAAGCCAUAAAUAGAACCUGUACAGCUUUAUGUCCAAUCUUACCCUGCAGAAACAGUAAGAAAAUGUCUAAUAGACUCAAACAAUUAACAGUUAAAAAUUAUCAGCAUAACUGGCACAGCCCAAUUAAUGUUCAUAUGUGGUUAAGGUAUUUUUAGACACUAUAAUAAAGUAAUGUCUGUUCAUCUUUGAUACAUGUACACCAAUAGUAACAAAAAGUUAAGUUUUUGAAAUAGAAAAUCAUUAUGAAAUUAUUUCAUGAAUAAGUUUUGUCCAUGUUCUCCUUUGAUGAAGGAUAAUUCUGUCUACCAUACCUUUUUAAAAAGAAUAAUAACUGCUUUUUGCACUAUGUAAAUACUAGUGGGGGUUCUUCCAUAAUGAAUAAAAAUGAUUAUUUAAAAAGUCAUGUUACAC